AUGGUAACCUUAAUUUAUUCCAAAGUUGUUGAUGAACCAGAAUUGAGCGAUCUAUAUGCAAAUUUAUGCAAACAAUUUCAAAAAAAACAGGUCACGGUUCCGGGUGAUGAUGGCAAAUUAGUAACAUAUUAUUUUCGUCAAAUAUUAUUAACACGUUGCCAAAAAGAAUUCGAAAGCGAUUAUAGAGAAGAAAUUGAAUAUGAAAAGCGUAAAGCUGAAGUUG